CGUGCAGUCCGGGAAGACGUGGGCUCCGGGGACCGUGCUCCUCUCGCCCAUCUCUCCGGCUGUCCCGGGAAACCUUCCCGUUUCUCAGUCUCCAGGCACCCGGGCCGCUGGGGGGAGGGGACGCGCCCCAGAGUUUGGGGUGGAGGGUUCUGCGGUCUGGCAAGGGGGAAGGAGUGGGGGAGCGGUUGGGCAGGUUAGUAAGGUGGAGGUGGAGUUAAAUGAAGGGCUGGAGGGCUGAUCCCAGACCUACAAACUGCAGUUGACCUGGGAGAGGGUGCCGGUCCUCUCCAGGUCACGGACUCCAGGUCACCUGUCUUUAUUUGCUGCCUGAGCAGGGACCGAGAUGUUAGAGGAAGUGGCUGCUCUUGACCCUGAGGGUGAACAGUCCUUUCUGGCCACCUUCCACAGGAAACCUGACCUGGGGACAGGAAGGAAGCAGGAUCCUGCAGCUCCCAGCAUGUACCCACCUUGCCAGGACACCAGCCGCUCCCCCAACUGGCCUGGGGUUUGGACCCUCCUGCAGCAGCUCCCUCCACAGGACAGCGAUGAGCGCUACUGCCUGGCCCUCGGGGAGGAGGAGCUGGCUGAGCUGCGGCUCUUCUGUGCCCAGCGGAAGAAGGCCCUGGGACAGGGGGUGGCCCACCUGGUACCUCCAGAGCUUGAAGGACACACCUGUGAGAAGUGCAGGCAGCAGCUGAAGCCAGGAGAAGCUGGAGUGUUCGCAGUCCCUGAGGGCAAGCAGCGCUGCUGGCACCAGGCUUGCUUUGCUUGCCAGGCCUGCAGCCAGGUCCUGACACACCUCAUCUACUUCUAUCAUGAUGGGCAUCUCUACUGCGGCCGACAUCAUGCUGAAUUGCUGCGGUCGCGCUGCCCAGCUUGCGAUCAGCUGAUCUUCUCCCAGGGCUAUACGGAAGCUGAGGGAAGGCACUGGCAUGAGAACCACUUCUGCUGCCAGGACUGUGCCGUGCCCCUGGCCGGGGGAUGCUAUGCCUUACCGGGAGGCAGCCCCUGCUGCCUCAGCUGUUUUGAGAGCCGCUACCCAGACAGGGGCUUGGGUUCACAGCAGGCACCAGAGGGGCCAGGGGUGUCCGGACCCGACCGCAGCGGAGGGAGCGCCGUGGCUCAAAUCGCCCGCUGCAGCCCGGUCACUCCUAGAGGGCGAGGCCGCCCGGAUGCGUCCCAGGACCCCGAGGAGUGCGCCUCCUGCCCCACCUGCUCCUCGUCGUCGGACUCGGAACCCGAGGGCUUCUUCCUAGGCCAGCGCCUUCCCCGGCCCCGGAAGAUCCCCGAAGACAGCGACGCCUCAGGGAAGCGCUGCUCUGUCUGCUAGCGGCUCGGCGGUGGCGGCGGAGGGGCGAUCCAGACCAAACGCAGUCGG